GUCCGGUCGGUGAGGCGGAGGGAGCGGGUGCGGUUACUGAAGCUGGCAAACUCCCGUGCCGCCCUCCCCGCGGAGAGCUGGAAGCCGGGGCGGGAACUUAGAGCUCCCGGGGUCUGAUUUCCGGCGGACACUAUUAAAUAUCGGACUCCUCGGAGAUGGCGGAGCUGGGGCCCCGUUCCGAGCCCCCCGAGGAGGACUUCAAGAAGCCGGUCCUGCCCUUGCCCCCGGGCCCGGGAGAUCAUGCCCCGGGCCCGGGAGACCGUGCCCCGGGCCCCGACCCCCGGGCGCGGGAGAAGCGGAGAGAGGAGAAAAAGGAGCCUCCGCCGGCCGGCGGUCUCGGAGAGCAGGGCGCCCGGCCGGCCCGGCGGCGAGACGUCGGGGAGGACCCCGGACCCGGGCCCCCCGCCGAGGGCAAGCCGCGGCAGGCCAGGGCAGCGACUGGGGCUCCUCCGGCUGGAGGCCCCGCUGCGGCUCCCCCCUACAAGGAGCCCGAAUGGGGAGGCCCUCCCGACGCUCCCUACAGCCUGGAGACCCUAAAGGGCGGGACCAUCCUAGACAACCGCAGCCUGGCGGGCCGGAGCCGCUGCGUGUUCGGGCGGCUGCCCGGCUGCGACGUGCUCCUGGAGCACCCUUCGGUGUCCCGCUUCCACGCCGUGCUGCAGCACCGGGCGCCGGGCCCGGCGGGGGAAGGAGACCCCGGCGCACCCGGCUUCUACUUGUACGACCUGGGAAGCACCCACGGCACCUUCCUCAACAAAGCUCGCGUGCCGCCGCGCACCUACUGCCGCGUCCGCGUGGGCCACGUCCUCCGCUUUGGGGGGAGCACCCGGCUCUUCGUCCUGCAGGGACCAGAAGAGGAUAAGGAGGCAGAAUCCGAGCUGACGGUGACUCAGUUGAAGGCUUUGCGAAAGCAGCAGCGGAUGCAAUUAGAGAAGAAGAUGUUGGGGGAAGACUCGGACGAGGAAGAGGAGACAGAUGCCCCAGAAGAGACGAGAACUAGUAGUCAGGACAUUGAGAUGGGCUGUACUUGGGGAAUGGGAGAAGAUGCUAUUGAAGAUGAAGUUGAAGAGAACCCCAUUGUUAUAGAGUUUCAACAAGAACGUGAAGCAUUUUAUAUAAAGGAUCCCAAAAAGGCUCUGCAGGGGUUCUUUGAAAGAGAAGGAGAAGAAUUAGAAUAUGAAUAUGAUGAACAGGGACACAGUACCUGGCUUUGCAGAGUUAGGUUGCCUGUGGAUGAUUCAUCAGGGAAACAACUGGUGGCUGAGGCCAUUCACUCAGGAAAGAAAAAGGAAGCAAUGAUUCAGUGCUCCCUGGAAGCCUGUCGAAUGCUUGAUGCUUUGGGUUUGCUACGUCAGGAGGCGGUAUCUCGAAAAAGGAAAGCCAAGAACUGGGAGGAUGAAGAUUAUUAUGACAGUGAUGAUGAUACAUUCCUUGAUCGAACUGGCUUGGUUGAGAAGAAGCGACUUAACAGGAUGAAAAAAGCUGGAAAAAUUGAUGAUAAGCCAGAGACUUAUGAUUCACUGAUUGGAAAGUUGAAUAAUGCAGAGAAAGAACUUGCUGAGAUUUCAGAGAAGUUGAAAGUCUCAGGCAAAACACUGUCAGAAUCUACACCUCAGGAUUCUUUGGAUGCAUUCAUGACAGAAAUCAAAUCAGGGAGUACAUUAGAUGGUGUGUCCCGGAAAAAGCUUCAUUUAAGAACCUUUGAGCUGAGGAAAGAGCAGCAGAGACUUAAAGGGCUGAUUAAACUUGUGAAACCAACAGAGAUGCCAGAGCUAAAAAAGACUGAAAACCAGGCUGAAAAUGUGGAAAACAAGCCUAAAAAGUUAACAUUGCCUCUUUUUGGUGCAAUGAAAGGAGGAAGCAAAUUUAAAUUAAAAACUGGAACAGUAGGGAAAUUGCCCCCUAAGCGUCCAGCACUCCCUCCAAGUUUAAUAAAAAUGAAGGAUGAGCCUGAAGAAGAGGAAGAGGAGGAAGAAGAAGAAGAGCACAAAGAAGAAAUAGGAUCACUGGAUCAUGCAUCUCUUAAAAUGGAAAUGCAAUCACAAGAAGCAAUGCAAGAAAUUUGUCCAACUCCAAAUCUUUCAAAUCAGAACAAACUGAUAGACACCACUCAUGAAACAGAAUCCUUGGGUCAGCCCAGUCAGGAAGGACCAAACAGAGGAUGUCCAGAAAGUGAGGGAGAAGCCCCGGCACAAGAGGAAUCCUCUGAGUCAAAGAAUAGCUGCAAACAGAGCAAGGAAGUACUGAAGAAAGCUGCUGGUCCAAGCAAAAUACCACAAAUCCUUUCUUCAAAGUAUCCAGAAGAUGAUCCAGACUACUGUGUGUGGGUACCACCUGAAGGCCAGAGCGGUGACGGCAGGACUCAUCUUAAUGAAAAAUAUGGCUAUUGAUUUCUUCGAGCUCCCAAGUCCUUUCUUAUAUUUGUUACUACCCAAGAGGUAACAUUGUGGCACAUGCGUUAACCAGUGCAGCUUGUCAUCAUUUCAAGUUGAAUGGCCAAGGAUGAGGCAUUUGGGCGACCAUUUGUAAAAAAUCUCUUCACCCAGAUUCUUGACUUCCUGAACAGAUGACCUUUGAUCUUUGUUUCCUUUUGGAAAAGAUUCAUGUGUUUGGUGUUCCUGCAUCAAAGUGAAAGUUUGUGUAUGUAUGUAAAAUAAGAACUGUAUAUUUCCAUG